AGUGUAGAAGGUGUUGGAGACAUUACUUGUAACUCAACUGUAUUGACAAGAGAAAAAAUAAUGACUGACGAUGAUGACGAUGGGGACUAUGUGUAUGAUGUUUAUAUGUCACGUCACUGCAAUAUGGAGGCAGUGAGCUCAUUUGAUUGGUCAACACUGUCAGUAUAUUCUCAUUCAUCAAUAUUAAUUCAUGACAUCUUUGAAUCUGAUGAUGACAAGUUUGAAGAUGAAGACGACUCAAACGACGAGUCCAAUUGGCGGAAUGAUUAUCCUGAUGAAGAAGAUAGUGAGAGCAGCAGUGCCUCCUCUAAUUCUUCAGUUGAUUCUGAUAACAUUCAUCAUUCCCAGUACAGGCACAGGGAACCUUAUUACGAUGAAUUGGAGUUCUUUGGUGAUUCAUCUGGUUAUUACGAUAAUGAUAAUUAUGAAGGGGGCGGAGCUGAUGAUUAUGACACUGACGACGAGGAAUAUGUUUAAAAACAAGAGAAUUUUAAUAAUUUUGAACAACAAUCAUUCACUUAAAUUGAAUAUUAAGAAAAUAAUACAAAAUAUUA